AUGGAAUCGGGAAGAAAGUCAAAUCCGGAAUCUUACAUCGGCUUACCCACUUCACAGAAGGGCCGUGGCCGUCCUAAGAAGCAUAGCAAUACUGCUGAACAAGAAUACCAACGCAAUCGACUAAGACGCGCUCAAAUUGCGUAUCGAAAACGAAAAGAAACACAUCUUAGUGGACUGGAGCAACGAUGUGAAGACCUCGAACACGUAGUUGAGCAGAUGACAAAUGAAUUUAUCAACUUUAGCGACCGACUCAUCUCGUCCGGAUCAUCAAAUGCAGAAAACAUCCGAGACGUACGAAGUGUUCUGGGUCGGUUCUUAGAACUCUCUAAGCAGGCUGCUAAACAUACAGAUAAUGAACCAUUCGCAGAGGUGUCUCGAGAUUUUGAAAAGAGCCAGAAUUUCACUCAGAGUGAAGGACUCAACCUUGACAACGAGGAUGUUCCGCCACCACCAGCCGUAACACUCCCAAUCAUGGGUUCUACCUUUCUGGAUAUUUCUAAAACAUUCGCGCCUGCUACAACCGUGCAGAGGUUUGCACCAAUGAAGCAAACGAGCUCAGUAACCACUGGUUUCUCGGAUCCAUAUAUAAAUACCUUCUGGACGCCUCCGAUUACUCCAGAUAUGGACAACAGCAUCAUUCCACAUGUCCUCUCUGGACGAGAUAGUUUCUCAUCCCGCCUUUAUUAUGAAACGAUCAAUUUAGCAGUAAGAUCUCUCAAAGGAGAAGCACCUUGGAGGUAUGCAGCAAGCAUUUUUCGAUACAAACUUCAAUACGCGAGCCGUGAACAGCUAUUUGGCGUUCUUGCGGGGGUCCUCGAUAUGCUACUUCUCGGUACAAAUCAAGUGAAGGAGGGAGGAGUCCCGCAGAGGGUAGUCGAUGGUGAUGGCGCAGUGAAGGAUGGAAUUAUUCGGCAAAUUGUUGCACAAGGGGGAAGUGAAGACCAGUACCUCCCGUCAUGGGAGGUCGAGCGGUAUCUGAGAGAGAGAUGGGCCUUUACUCUCGAUUCGAGCUCGGUAAGAAUCCAACAAAGACGGAUUCAAGAGUUCGAGGACGGUCCUGAGCCUAGUCUACCAUAUGAAAGGGCAGGUUUUGAUCCGACCUCCUUUGCACCGACUGUCAUCCCAGGGUUUCCAGCUGCAAGCCAGGUAAUUUUGAACUCGGAAAGGCUGCUGGAUGAGCUCAAAAAGAGGGCCUUGACGGUUGGAGCAGGUCCUAGAUGGCACGUUACUAGCAUUGAUGAUGCAGUUAACGUGUUCCUCCGCCAAAAUAACACCAUCCACGUUGCUCAAAUCUAG